AUGGGGAUGGCGGGGACACAGACCAGUACAUACAACAAGCUGGUGACAAUCUUCGUUGCCAUUGGAUCCUUGACAUAUGGUUAUUGUGCAUCGAUCAUUUCAAGCACGAUCGGCCAGCCGGGAUGGUACACCUAUUUCGAUUUACCUGCAGAAGGUGAGCCAGGAUAUGCUUCGAUCACGACCCCGGUCGUCUCGACGGCCAACGGGGUCUUCAGCGCUGGGGGAGCUGUCGGCACGUUGUUCAUCAUGUGGUCCUGCGAUUUCUUCGGCAGGAAGGUCAACAUUCAGCUGGGCGCUUUCUUUUCUAUGUUUGGAGGCGCCCUGCAAGGGGGAGCCAACUCUCUUGAAAUGUUCCAAGCCGGACGGUUUGUCUGCGGUCUAGGGAUUGGAAUCCUAGUAACUGUUUGCCCCAUGUAUCUCUCGGAAAUGUCGUGUGCCAGCCGCCGAGGUUGGCUCGUCGGCCAUCAUGCUAUAUUCCUGGUAUUUGGGUACAUGCUUGCGGGGUGGGUGGGGUAUGCAUGUUAUUUUGCUGAUGAGAGUCUGGGAAGCUUUGCCUGGAGAUUUCCGCUGUGCUUACAGUGUUUGUCUCCUUUGGUCUUGCUUCUCGGAUCGCCGUGGCUGCCUCGGUCCCCUCGUUGGUUGAUCUCAAAGGGCAAAUAUGAUGAAGCCAGAAGUGUUCUGGAGAAGCUUCGUCAAUCACCGGACGAUCCUAAUAACCUAGUCGCUAAGGAUGAAUUCGUUCAGACUACGGAGCAAAUCAAUCUUGAAGCGAGGAAGCUUGCUGAGUUUGGCAACGUGUGGAAUGCAGUGCUGAAGAAGAAAUCGUAUAGAAAGCGGAUGAUCAUUGGCUUCCUCACUCAAUGGGGGGCAGAGUUUGGCGGUCCAUUGAUUAUUAAUAACUAUGCUGUAAUCUUGUAUACCAGUCUUGGGAUGACGGGACACAUGCCCCUGCUUUUAAGUGCCCUUUGGUUGACAACCGCUGGUGUCAUCUACAAUCCGCUCGGUUCUUGGCUGCAUGACAAGGUCAAUUCCCGCCGAGGCAUGUAUAUCACGGGCUUCGUUGGAAUCGUCGUUUGCACGUCGGGUUUGGCGGCCAUGACUGCCGAGUAUGGCGGUACUUCGAACAAAGUCGGCAAUGGAUUCGGGGUUUUCUUCAUAUUUCUUUACUUGGCCUUCCAAGGCACCUGCUGCGACACUACCAUGUACCUCUACGUUUCCGAGAUUUUCCCCACCGAGAUUCGUCCCAUUGGGAUGGGAUUCUCGCUUUUUGGGCAGUUUGCUGCCACUAUAAUUCUGUUGCAAGUGGCCCCAAUGGGGUUCAACAAUGCGGGGUGGAAGUUCUACCUACUCAUCAUUUGCUGGUCGGCAGUUUUCAUUCCAGUGAUCUACUUCUUCUUCCCGGAAACUGCACAGUUGACUCUGGAGGAGAUUGCAAAGCAAUUUGGCGAGGAGGUUGCCGUGCAAUUGACCGGCGCAACCGACGAAGAGAAGGCCCAGAUAGCACGGGGUUCCCCUACAAGACCGGAAAGCUCUGUCCUGACGGAGUCGACCAGGGACCCUGAAAUCACAGGCGCGGUACAGCAUAUUUCUAGUAUGUCUGGAGAGGAGGCUCGCCCUGGAGAUCCCAUGGGCAGAUAG